GGUUUUCGUGCCAGUACAGCCAAAUACGACGACGUCGUGAUAUUCAUCAUAGUUUUAUACGUCACGGCAGCAGCGGCGGCUUAUCGUUUGUCAGAGUCAAGAGUACUGACAACUGAUGAAGGAGCACACAACAAACAUGUGCGAAGCCUACUGUAAUGAUAAAUACGAAACUUCAGAAACAUCAACUACAAGUUUGGAAUUAGUUUCAUAGAACAUACGCCUACAUGAGUCCUAUAUUAACCAUUAGUCUUACAACUAUUUACGAAUAAAUAUCAAUAUACCCGCACAGCGAAGUAACCAAUUUAUCAGGCACACAUCAUACUGGGCAGGUGCAGUAAAGAUGCAACACAGUGCUGAGUUAGCAGACCAACCGGAUGAGCGACCACUGCAGCUGCAACGGCGCGACGACGGCGACGAACUACAGCAGCGGUUAGACGGAGGCGGCGACGUGGCCGCCAUGGCAUGGUGCGACGCCUGGCUGCCGGCCACCGCGGCCAACGUUGCGGCCGCGAUCGUCGGCGUGGGCAUAGCGUGGUCACUGUUGUACGUGAACGUGUCUCCGGCGCUGACGGCCGUGCCCGGCGGGAGUCUGUCGUCCAUAUUCUUGCUUUACGUGACCGGCACGGUGGCCGGCAUGCUCAUCUACGAGAUUGUGGGUCUGCCCCCGCGAUUCGGUAUGCUUUUGGCCGGCAUAGCACUCCAGAACGCCGGCCUGUAUACCGUCACCGGAUGGUGCUCCCAUCUGGUAUCCUUCAUCAGAGAAGUCUCACUUGCCGUGACGUUGAUUAACGGUGGACUGGAACUGAACGCCAAUCAGUUGGGUCGACUCAGCGGCGUCGUGGCUCGACUCACGUUGUUGCCGUGCUUAGCCGAAGCCGCUACUGUGGGGCUAGCCGCACAUCUAAUUUUGCCCGGCUUCUCGUGGCAAUGGAGUUUAAUUCUUGGGUUUACGCUGUCUGCCGUUAGUCCAGCCAUAUUAGUACCGGGCCUAUUUCAACUGAAACGUUUGGGGUAUGGUGAAGUAAAAGGCGUUAAUACUUUGUUGAUUGCCGCUUCAAGUCUGGAUAAUAUUGUAUCUAUAUGCGCAUUUCGGAUAGUAUUGGGUGUUCUAUUUCUGACAGGUAGUUUGACCAGCAAAAUAAUUCAAGGACUCAUCGACGUAUCCGUGGGCACUGCGUUGGGAGUCAUAUGGGGUUUCUUUUUGAUUUUUGCACCUCCAUCACCAUGGGCUAAGAUAUACAAAAAUCAAAAAAAAGAAAACACCGAAAAAUCACGGCAGUUGAAUCGAUCGAUAACAGCUAAAAGGUCAUUCCUACUAGGCGCUGGUGGAUUUUUAGCGAUGAGCGGCAGCCGGUGGUGUGGUUAUCCUGUGGCCGGUCCUUUGGCGUGUAUCAUAUCAGCGUUCGUUGCUAGUACCGGUUGGAGGUGGAGAUUGAAAAUGCAAAACCUUAAUAAUCCAGUGAUUUUAUUGGACGGAAAUUGCGCUGACGAGGACCAGUGCCGAGGAAAACCGGUUGAAAAGGUUUUCGAAUACGCGUGGGCCGGUCUACAACCAUCCGUUUUCGCGUUUUUGGGCACAGACAUCAAAUUUGAACUGCUUAAGAGCUUCAACAUGGCCCUAGUUGGGUUACUGGUGCUCGCGCUUGGAAUCGUAGUUCGUAUGAUCGUCACUACGUGUUCGGUAUUGGGAACGGGAUUCAGUCGUAAGGAAAUCAUAUUCGUCAACAUUUCUUGGCUCCCCAAGGCUACCAUACAGGCCAUUCUAGCUCCGAUUGCAUUGAAUAUGGCGAGAGAGUUGGGAACGCCGGAAGAUGUCGAAUGUGGAACUCGACUGGUGACCAUCGCAGUGAUCUCCAUUUUAUUAACUGCGCCCAUAGGAGCGAUCGGCAUUAAACUAUUCGGUCCCAGACUGUUGCCCAGAGCCAACUGACUGAUACACUUUGAGACGACCGUGUAACACUAAUUUUAUUUUUCGAUUUUACAUUUUAUCAAUGGGAUUUUAUUCUUUUGAGAUUUGACACGUUUGCACAGAUGUAUGAUAUUUUAAUCACCCGAAUUAUAUUAUUAUAUACAUUUUAAAAUGACCAUCUUCUUAUUAUAUAAAUCAUCAGUUUUACCUACACAAUAAAGA